ACGAUAAACUGCGCUCGAUAUAUCAGCGGAAGAUUUCCCAACUGUGUAAUUAUAGGAAAAAACGCGCUCGCACGCGAAUAUGCAUAAUAUUAUGCAUACGAUUAUCGCGUGGGGAGGGCGAGUGUGUGUCAUAACGGAAAAAUCGGUCCGAGAAAUUUCGAUUUCUAGAAAAAUUUCACAGACCAGCCUAUAUACGAGACUUUCGCGAAUAUAGUACUAGGCGACUCGGCCGAGCGUGAACUUAUAUCCAGCUGGUUAAAGGCUCGUUAAUUAUUACCGACGCUGCUGCUGCUGCUGCUGUGAAGCAUGAACCGUUUCGUGUGUGUGUGUACCCUUUCGGUAUUUUACAUUUUUUUUACAGGUGAUACGAUGAUUAUAAUUAGCGAUUGGACGACUUUGAUAUGUUCGUCGGAGAUAGAGCAAUGCGAUGAUUAAGUUUUUUUUUCAAACAAUAUUUUGACAGCGAUAAGUAGGCGCGUUGUGCAUCGUUGACAUUGUAUACUCGAUGUAGAGAAAUCGUAUAAGGAAUUAUUCGAGCGUUAUCUUUCGCUGAUAAUUGACACUAACAAUUCUCGUCGAACGUCCUGACAUUGAAGAAGCGACUCGGUCUAAUUGUGUGCUUAUAUACAGCGACAGUUUUUCCUGCCUUGCGCUCAGUGUUCUAUCCAAGAGUGGAAGUAAAUAAUGUUCACGAAAAUUUUUGCCUUUUGUCUCGUGCUGUUCGUCAGCGCUAACUUGGCGUCCAUGAACGAAGCCGCUGAUCACGAUUGUCCAGCGAAUCAAACGUACAAAGAGUGCAAUUACAUAUGUCCGCCGAGGUGUCAUUUGCAUGUCGUCUGCCUCAUAGUAGGAGUUUGUGCCAAAGCAGGAUGUGCCUGCUCCGACGGUUACAUGCUCAAAGGUGACAGUUGCGUUAGGCCCGAGGACUGUUGAGUAUACCCAAUUUAUAAACGACUAAAUAUUCCCGACAAUAAAGUGCCUAUCGUUUAAGCAAACAAAA